CAGUGCGGAGGAACACGCGUGGAUUCAGUAUCUGAGAGCCGAAGUACCCUUCAUAGCAGCGGGGAGACAGACUUUAUUUUCGGCAGUGAAAACAGGAAACUACUAUAAUGGCAGUCCUGGGCAACGCCGGUCGCUUGAUCCAAUUUGCCAGGAGCAGCAUCAGUCUGAGUUUGAGGAGACAAUCCACCGCUGCUGCUUUAGCCCAAUCUAUGACUCCAGAGACACAGGAGAACAGGAAACCUAAGACGGGCAUCCUGAUGCUGAACAUGGGAGGACCUGAGAAACUAGAAGACGUUCACGACUUCCUGCUGCGGCUCUUCAUGGACACAGACCUGAUGAAACUCCCUGUACAGAAUAAGCUUGGUCCGUUCAUCGCGAAGCGCCGCACGCCAAAGAUCCAGGAGCAGUACAGCAAGAUCGGCGGAGGCUCGCCCAUCAAACACUGGACCUCGAUGCAGGGAGAAGGCAUGGUGAAGCUGCUGGAUGAGAUGAGCCCCGAGACAGCCCCUCACAAGUUCUACAUCGGUUUCCGGUACGUCAACCCAUUGACAGAGGACGCUAUUGAGGAGAUGGAGAAAGACGGGGUGGAGAGAGCCGUGGCCUUCACACAGUAUCCUCAGUACAGCUGCUCCACCACAGGAAGCAGUCUGAAUGCCAUCUACCGUUACUAUACCAACAGAGGCUCAAGGCCGAAAAUGAGCUGGAGCGUCAUCGACCGUUGGCCCACACACCCUCUGCUGGUGGAGUGUUUUGCAGAACACAUCAAUAACGAGCUGCUGAAGUUUCCAGAAGAGAAAAGAGAGGACGUCGUCAUUCUGUUCUCAGCACACUCGCUCCCUAUGGCUGUUGUAAACAGAGGCGACCCAUAUCCUCAGGAAGUGGGAGCCACAGUUCAAAGAGUCAUGGAGAGACUGGGACACUGUAACCCUUAUAGACUGGUGUGGCAGUCCAGGGUAGGGCCCAUGCCGUGGCUCGGCCCCCAGACAGACGAUGUGAUAAAAGGUCUGUGCGAACGGGGGAAGAAGAACAUCCUGCUGGUGCCAAUCGCCUUCACCUCGGACCACAUAGAGACUUUACAUGAGCUGGACAUCGAGUAUGGACAAGUGCUGGGGGAGGAGUGUGGAGUGGAGAACAUCAGGAGAGCAGAGUCAUUGAAUGGGAACCCUCUUUUCAUGAAGGCACUGGCAGACCUGGUCCAGUCCCACCUGAAGACCAACGAGCCCUGUUCCCGACAGCUGACCCUUCGCUGCCCGCUGUGUACCAACCCCACCUGUGGAGAAACCAAGGCCUUCUUCGCCAGCCAGAAACUCUCAUAG